AUGGCGUCGACUCCGAGAAGCCGGCUCAAUUAUGAGAACAUAAACCCUCAUGUCAAGGCGGCUAAAUACGCAGUGCGUGGUGAGCUUGCUGUCAAGUCAGAGGAGUACCGCGCCAAGCUCGCUAGGGGAGACACCGACCUGCCCUUCAAGCAGGUCGUCUCAGCAAAUAUCGGAAACCCACAAGAACUGGACCAGAAGCCGAUCACAUUCUUUCGGCAGGUGCUGAGUCUUCUGGAGAACCCGAAGCUUCUGGAGCACGAAGACGUGUUGCUUAACCAACUUGGUUAUAAAUCCGAUGUGCUUGCGAGAGCAAAAUGGCUGUUGAGCAAGGUUGGCUCAGUCGGGGCUUACAGUGCCAGCAACGGCGUUCCGGCGAUCAGGCAGGCUGUUGCCGACUUUCUGGAAAGGCGAGAUGGGUUUCCCGCCAACCAAGCCGACAUAUAUAUGUCAGGGGGUGCUUCGGCAGGUGUUAACACCCUCCUCCACAUCAUCUGCGCCGACGAGAAAUCAGGCAUCCUGGUCCCCAUUCCCCAGUAUCCCCUCUACACGGCAUCGUUGGCUGUCCUGAAUGCGACUUGCGUCCCCUACUUCCUCGACGAGUCCAAGAACUGGGGGACAGACCUGACCGCCAUCAAGGAGGCCUACGAGAAGGCAAAGUCCGAGGGCGUCGAUGUCCGCGCCAUCGUCAUCAUCAACCCCGGCAACCCCACGGGGGCGUCGCUCUCCGAGGAGGACAUCCGGGCGGUGCUCGACUUCGCGCGCGCCGAGAACCUGGUUGUCAUGGCCGACGAGGUGUACCAGACCAACGUGUUCGUCGGCGAGUUCCACUCGUUCAAGCGCGUGCUCCGCCAGCUGCAGCAGGAGCAGCCGGGCGCGUUCGACGGCGUCGAGCUGGCGAGCCUGCACUCCGUCUCCAAGGGCAUGGUCGGCGAGUGCGGCCACCGCGGCGGCUACUUUGAGCUGGUCAACUUCGACCCGCAGGUCCAGGCCGAGAUCUACAAGUUCGUCAGCAUCACCCUCUGCGCCCCCGUCAUCGGCCAGUGCCUGGUCGAGCUCAUGGUCAACCCGCCCCGCGAGGGCGACCCCAGCCACGAGCUGUACGCCAGGGAGUACGACGGCAUCUACAACGGCCUGAAGGGGCGCGCCACGGCCCUCCACAGGGCCUUUGCGCAGAUGGAGGGCGUUGAGUGCGGCGAGCCACAGGGCAGCAUGUACCUGUUCCCCACGAUCCACGUCCCCGCCAAGGCCGCCGAGGCCGCCGCCAAGGAGGGCCGCAAGGCGGACGAGUUCUACUGCCUGAGGCUGCUCGAGGCCACGGGCGUGUGCCUGGUGCCCGGUAGCGGGUUCGGCCAGAAGGAGAACGCCCUGCACUUCAGGACUACCUUCUUGCCCCCGGGCACGGAGUGGGUGGACAGGAUCGUCGGGUUCCACAAGGAGUUCAUGGACAAGUAUAGAUGA